GACAAGGAGAUUAGGAAUCGUCUUCAAGAAAGUGAGCGGAAAUUGGGCUCAUCAAUGCCUUUCGAUGAAGCCAAGGAGAGAGUUACCCAGCUUGAGAAAGAAGUUACGUCAUUGGAUAGGAUAGUGUGAUGGAUUUACAAGACAUAUUGCGACGUUUCUCGUUCGACAACAUUUGCAAAUUCUCCUUCGGCGUGGACCCAGGUUGUCUCCAACCAUCCCUACCUGUUUCACCCUUCGCCGCCGCUUUCGACACGGCCUCCAAGCUCUCGGCAGAGCGUGCAAUGACAUCAUCACCAAUCACAUGGAAGAUCAAGCGCCUACUUAACAUUGGAUCCGAGAAGAAGCUGAAGCAAGCCAUCAAAAUCACAAACAACUUAGCAGAAGAGUUAAUAAACAAGCGCAGGAAAAUCGGAUUCUCCACAAGAAAGGAUCUCCUCUCAAGGUUCAUGAGCUCUGUCGAAAACGACAACAAAUACCUCAGAGACAUAAUCGUUAGUUUUCUAUUGGCUGGUCGCGACACUGUUGCGGCCGCGUUAACCGGUUUCUUUUUCUUGUUAUCCAAAAACCCAAGUGUUGAGGUCUUGAUCCGGGAAGAAUUGGACCGGAUCCUGGACAAUCCGGUCCAGGAAUGUGCGAGUUUCGAGCAGCUGCAGCGAAUGCAUUAUCUCACUGCUGCGAUUUACGAGAGCAUGAGACUCUUUCCGCCGGUUCAGUUUGACUCCAAGUUCGCGCAAGAGGAUGAUGUGUUACCGGAUGGUACAUUUGUACCCAUGGGUACGAGGGUUACAUAUCAUCCGUAUGCAAUGGGUCGGAUGGAGCGGGUUUGGGGGUCCGAUUGCCUCAAAUUCAAACCCGAAAGAUGGUUGCAUGACGGUGUGUUUGUGCCGGAGGAUCCAUUUAAAUACCCGGUUUUUCAGGCUGGGGUUAGGAUUUGUUUGGGAAAAGAGUUGGCAGUUGUAGAGAUGAAAUCCUUGGUGGCUACAUUGAUAAGGCAAUUUGAUAUUCGGGUAGUUGGGUCUGACACGGAGCCCCGGUUUGCACCAGGUCUUACCGCAACCAUGCGGGGUGGGUUGUCGGUUCGGGUUUAUGAGAGAAGUGGGCGAUGGAAUGACCCCUGAGAAGCUUGUAGAGUUAAAGUUGAUCCAUGUUGAGUAAUUAUUGGUAGUUACAUUUGGAGUAGGUGAGAUCUAAUGUAAGGGGAAUCAAAGUAUCAAGCUAUGUAAAUUUUGUCGCAACUAAAUAAAUUCAAGUAAUUUUCUUCUCUA